GGGCCAAAGCCUUAGAACUUCAGCAGCUUUCCUCUUCUUUUUUUAUCUUCUCUUCUAUCUCUUUCUCUCCCUACUUUCUUCAAGCUCUGCUCUUGUACUGCCGCCAAAGGAGAACCUUGGGAAAAGCUGCUAUCUUUGGCGGCGCUGUUUGCCGGCGUCGUUCACUGGCGAUCGAUCUAGCUCACUAUAUCAUCCAUAUUCUCUGUUCUUUGCUCUAGCUUUUAAGCUGCUUUUUUGUUGUCUAUCUGUGGUGAGGAAUUCAGGUGAUUGUGGAUGGGGGGCUAGGUGGUUGAUUGAUACAAGGACGUAAAUUGAAGCUUGGAGUUGGGGAGGUCUUGUUGCGCAGGAUUUGACUGAAACUGUUGCUUUGAUUUGGUUGUGGCGAUGAUGGUCGACUUACAAUGCAUGGGUUUAGUAUUUAACUCCAGAGUUUUGGAUGUCCAUGUCGAAGUUGGGUAUGGUUUUUCAGGAUUUGUUGAAGGUUUGCAUCUGGGAUUUUAGUUGGUUGAUGCUGUGCUAGGGAACAAGAACAAGUGAUUUGUAGCCUUUUCUAGCGUUUGUGGAAGAAGAUUCUGUGAAUAGUUGCUUGUGAUAUUGUCUCGAGUGAAUAUCUGAAGCUAUUGAUUUCAGACCAAAAGAUAUUGGGAAGAAAAGCUACUCGAUUGAAGCAUUUAUCAGGGCAGUACUAGGGUUUGUGAGAUUUGUUUCUUUGGCAUUAUCUUCUGCUCAUAUUUGAACAUGGUCCAUGGUUGACUUUGGGGAUCAAGCCGUGUUGGUGGGUCACCAAUAUCGAGAUCAAUCUCCCAUAAGUGCAGCUGAUAGAUGAUGUCCACGCAUAAGUGAGGCAAUGGUAUACAGAAGUAGAUUGGUAAACCAAUGCUAACUCUGCCAGAGUUUGAGUAGUUGAUAUACAUAACUUGGUUGGCACUAGGCAUGGCAACGGAGGUGUUUGGAGGUGUAGUGCCUCACCUUUUCCCAUCUUUGGGACCUGCGCUUAUGGUUUCUAUGGGAUAUAUUGACUUAGGCAAGUGGGUGGCAGCUGUUGAAGGCGGAGCUCGUUUUGGAUUUGAUCUUGUGUCGCUGGUCCUGUUUUUCAACUGCACAGCCAUAUUGUGCCAAUACCUUGCAACUUGUAUUGGCAUGGUCACUGGGAAGAACCUUGCAGAGAUUUGCAGUCAAGAAUAUAGCAAAUGGACAUGUAUUUUGCUGGGAAUUCAAGCAGAGAUAUCCAUGAUAACUUCUGAAACAACCAUGGUAUUGGGCAUAGCACAUGGACUGAACCUUCUGUUUGGAAUAGAGCUAGUCAGUUGUAUAUUUCUUGCCACAGCUUCAACAGUUCUACUUCCUUUAUUUGUAACUACAUGGGAUAAUAUUAAGGCAGAAGCAUUUUAUACAGCCAUAGCAGCUGUUGCUUUGGUUUUUUAUGUGCUUGGGGUAUUGAUCAGUCAGCCAGAAUUUCCCCUAGCUAUGAAUGGUGUCUUUCCUAAGUUGAAUGGUCAGAGUGCAUACUCACUCAUGGCUUUGCUUGGUUCAAAUAUAAUGGUGCACAAUUUUUACAUACACUCUUCUUCUGUACAGCAGCAGAGUAGACAAAUUGUUACCGUGGGUUCCCUAUUCAAUGAUCACUUUUUCGCUAUCCUCUCCAUUUUUACUGGCAUUUUCCUCGUGAAUUAUGUGCUGAUGAACUCCGCGGCCACUGUGUUCAGCAAUACAGAUGGUGUUGUUAACCUUCAGGAUUUGAAUUUUCUAAUGGACCAGAUAUUUAAGAGCCCAAUAGCACCUGUUGCCUUCUUUCUGGUCCUUUUCUUCUCUAGUCAGAUAACAGCUUUGAAUUGGAAUAUAGGCGGGCAAGUGAUCUUGAGAUACUUCUUUGGCAUAAACCUUUCUGUUUGGGCCCAUCAUGGUUUACUCAAAGCUCUUGCAAUCAUUCCUGCUCUUUACUAUGCAAGGAAUGGAGGUUCAGAAGGAAUCUAUCAAUUGCUCAUUUUUUGUCAGAUUAUAUUGGCUAUGCUUCUUCCAUCCUCUGUAAUUCCCCUUUUCCGAGUGGCUUCUUCAAAAUGCACGAUGGGGCGCUUCAAAAUACCUUGGUAUAUGGAAAUAUUUUCUCUCAUUGCAUUUUUUGGAAUGCUUGCUUCAAACAUGAUCUUUAUUGUAGAAGCCUUAUUUGGAAGAAGCAACUGGAUUAGCAAUAUGCAGUCAAGUACUGGAAGCAGUGUAAUUAUACCAAGUAGCAUUAUCUUCCUUGUCGCCUUUACAUCAGUUGGCCUCACCCUAUACUUGGCUGUCACACCUCUAAAAUCCGCAAGCGAAAGACCAGAUAUUCAGAUAUUUCCAGGGUAUAUGCAAAGCACUCCAGAGCUGUUUGAGGUUGUAGAAUCAGAUGAUAUGGAGAAGAUUAAUUAUGAAGAAGAUCAGGGGUCUAUUGAAGAUGUUUCAUCAGAAAAAUUUAUAGAGAACCAAGGUGAAAAAUUGCAUUCAGAAGCCAAUUUUGAUGUGUCUGAGACAAUCAUUGAUUCUGACCAUGAGUCUCACCAAUCGACACAAUCUCACCAAUCUGCUUAUGAUCCCGGUAUUAUGUCUGCUUGUAGCUCCCCUGCAUAUCACACAGAAAAAUCAAACUUGGCCAUUGAUGAAGCAGCAGGGGAAAAUUCAAGCAAAGUGACUGGUACUGUUUUUCCAGAUGUAAUAGCAUCUCAGGAGAUCGAAGCCAAAUACCCAAUUGAAAAGGAUGUUGAAGUAUCCACUGAUGUUCAAAUGGACAAGAAUAAUGAAGAGGAAGGCGCUCCUCUGGCAGAGGAUGUUUCUAGAGGGAUACUUCCCUAUCCAAGCGUUGAAGGCAGUGGAAGCUUAUCAAAGUUGUCUGGACUGGGUCGUGCAGCAAGACGCCAAUUGAGUGCUGUCUUGGAUGAAUUUUGGGGCCAUCUGUUUGACUACCAUGGAAAACUAACACAAGAAGCAACUACCAGAAGGUUGGAUGUUUUACUGGGAAUAGAUUCAAAACUAAUCGGUUCUUCUGUAAAAGCUGAUGCUCCAGCUGAUGAGCUCUCAAAGAGUUACUUUCCAGAUUUGGAUAGAAGUUCAAUUUUCCAAUCCAGCUCAAGAGAGUUUAGCUCCCCAAGGCAUGGCGUUCAAAUGGAAUCCCGGCCAUAUUCUCAAACCAUGCAAACUUUGGAUGCGCAUGCCCAGAACUCUUAUACCAGCUUGUUUGGGUCCAAUGACAGACAUUCUCUGUACCCCCCUCAGUCUUCUGAUAACCGAGAUUAUCAACCGGCUACGAUACAUGGGUAUCAACUAUCCUCAUAUCUCAAAGGAGCUAGUGCUGGCCGAGCUCCCUAUUCCUCGAACAUCUCGUUGGACCUACCGCCAACUUCAUCUGCAUCAUCUUUUAUUGCAAAUUGCAGGGAUCCACUUAUGUAUGGUAGUGGGCAAAAUGAUCUAGGUUCCUUGCGUGCAUCUAGUUUCCAAAACCGCCAGGCAACAUCAACAAUUGGCAGAUUGCCGGUUGAUCGAUCUUUCUAUGAAGCCUCCUUGCUUGAAACAGGUGAAAGCAGCGUCUCCUCAGCUUAUGGAAAGAAGUACCAUAGUUCACCUGAUGUCUCAGCAAUCAUUGCAUCGAUCAGGAACUCAUCUUUGAAUGAUGGGAAUGCUCAGUGGGCUGGUCCAAUUGGCUCUCGACCAUCCACUGGCAGGAUGACAUAUGAACAAUCACAGUAUUUGAACCCUCUGUCUACUAGGACUGGAGUUCCAUUGGCUUUUGAUCAACUUUCUCCACCCAAGCUCCACAGAGAUGUUUUCUCUCCGCAUUCAAGUUUGAAUUCAAAUACAAGAUCUCUGUGGUUUAGACAACCAUCUGAGCAAUUAUUUGGUGUGAUUGGUAAAAAUCAAAGUGCAAGGGAUAGAGGAGUCGACAGCAGGCCGAAUGUCACUGCUGCUAAAGAAGCAUUCUCUUACACAGAAUCAGAAACUAAGCUGCUCCAGUAUUUCAGAAUUUGUAUGAUGAAGCUCCUUAAAUUGGAAGGCUCUGAUUGGCUGUUUAGACAAGGUAGUGGCAUUGAUGAGGAGCUAAUUGACAGAGUAGCUGCAAAAGAGAAAUAUCUGCAAGAAGUAGAUUCUGGUGAGAUAAAUCAAGCGCACAUGCUUUAUCGAAGAAAUAGUUCUGCCCAGAGGAGUGAGGAGGGAGAUCCUGCUUCUCUUCUAUCAGUGACCAAUUGUGGAGAUGGUUGUAUUUGGCGAGCAGCCUUGGUUGUAAGUUUCGGUGUAUGGUGCAUUCGCAGGAUACUCGAACUAUCAGUUGUGGAAAGUCGGCCAGAGCUAUGGGGUAAAUACACUUAUGUUCUUAAUCGGCUUCAGGGAAUUCUUGAGCCGGCAUUUUUGAAGUCCCGUCCACCGCUUUUUGCCUGUUCCUGCUUAGAAAUAAACACCAGGAAUUCAAGUACUUCACCACAAAACGGUAACCUGGUAAGCACAGAGAAAACAAACAAGGCGACAUCGGUAACUACUGCCAACAUGGUUCUUGAUAUGAUCAAGGAUGUUGAAGCUGCUGUUUCGGGCCGUAAAGGACGCACAGGCACGGCCGCAGGUGAUGUUGCUUUCCCUAAAGGUAAAGAGAACUUGGUAUCUGUUCUUAAGCGAUACAAACGCCGUCUCUUGAACAAGUCUUCUGCGGGUAAUGAAGGUGGCUCAUCGUCCCGCAGAAUCCCGUCCCCGAUUUCUUCCUCAGUAUCAUAGCAUGCGAACUACUCUUCCUUCCUGCUAGUUUAUGGGUCAGAGGUUUUUUUCCAUGAAGUAUGUUUUUUCGGGUUCAAGGUUCAGUGAUCUUUGAC